CCCGUGGCGGUAGGCGGGGCUCGGCGGGCGCGCGGCGCCAUGGCCGGCGGCUCGGCGGGCGCGCUCGGGCGGGCGCUGGAGGCGCUGGAUGGUGGUGGUGCAGCAGACAAGAUUCGUUUAAUACCUCAAGACUUUUUUGCAGAGCUGUGUGAACAAAUAAUUCAACAUCUGAACCAUAAGAUCCCGGGUAUAAAUACAGCUGAAUUGUGUCAGAGAAUUCAAACAUCGGGGGUUGACAUUAAUGUUGGUGACCUGGCAAAAAUAGCCAACAUUCUUUCAUUUCUAUUUAGCACAGCAGCCAGAAACAACCUCUCUACAGAAGAACUUGUCACCACCUUGGGCAGUGGCGUCAGCACGCUGCCAAAACAUGCAGUUCAGGUUAUUCGUCACGUGUGGAACGAGCAGGGCAAAGCCAUUGCUGUGUCAGAAGAUGCACGAAAUAUGGCCACAGUGGGACAGUUUGUGGAUAUGAAGUGGAAACUUGGAGUUGCCAUGAGCUCUGACACAUGCAGGUCUCUGAAGUACCCGUAUGUCACAGUGACACUAACAGUGGCGGACCCUGCCGGACAAAUAUCAGACAAAUCUUUUGAAAUGACAAUCCCACAGUUCAAGAACUUCAUCAGACAGUUCAAGGAAAUGGCAUCUGUUCUUGAAACAGUUUGAAGGGAACUCUUAUUUCCAGUGACAUGUUGGAGAAGGAUCAAGUAAACUUUCCAUUUUGCACAGGGAAUAAAGUGCCAUUGUUCAGCAAGGUAUGUAUCCUUGUCUUCUUGACAGGAACUGGUCAGCAUCACCCUUGCAUCGCUGUGAAGAUCUCUUCGCUUUUGAUUACUUGAAGUCAGCUCUGCAGUGUUUAUGAAAACAUGUCCAUGUGUUUUUCCUGGUAGACAAAAGAUCAGGACAUGUAUGGAGAAGCAUUUCUGUAGACUUCCUAAUAGCCACGAGUAAGAAACUAGACACUAAACUCAGCAAGACACCUGAAAAUGUUUACUGGGAAGAAGUGUAAAUUCCAUGUUAAUAUUUUUGUCUGUAAAAUUAGGAUGGGCUUGGACUCAACAGUAGUAUUACGUAUAAGGAGAAUAUGAAGUUAUGUGUAACUAGCAUACAGCUACUCUUGAAGAAUAGCAUUGUCAGGUAAUUGAUUGCAGCUAUUUGCAGAUCUGGCUUCCAGUCUUUUAAUAACUGCAGAAUGUACUUGUCUUAACAGCUUCAAAUACUUAUUUCCAACCACCUAGGCUUAUAAAGACUGAAUUAAUGCAUUAAGUUUUUCCAGAGACCCAAAAUUCUCUCAAAUGAAGCCCAGAGGUCAAUUUUAAAUAAAGCUACAAAGGCAAAUUAAUUCCAAAGUAUUUUAAUGGGUUUCUGCUUUUUCAUUUGAUUCAUUGUUAAUCUGUAGCAUUCUGCUUGAUGUUUUGGUCAGCCAUCUUCUUUCUAAUUAAAUUAAAAUAUUGAUGUAGUUACCUCCUUUCAACCUCUGAACUAGAAAGGACAAGAGGAAACUUGAGAAUUCAGGCUGGAGAGGUAGCCAAGCACAUCAGAGAAGGGACCACACUAAAAGAUUGUUUGCGUGUUGCAUUGUAACAGGCAUCCACUAAAAGAUUUCUUUGCACAAAAAGAUUUCUUUCCAUAUUGCAUUGUAACAGGCAGCCACUGCACUGUAUUCUGCACACUUGCCCUAAGAAGUGUCCUAACAAACAAAAUUUUGACUUUGAUGUUGAAGAGUGGGGGCAUUUCUAAAGGGGAAUGAUAAAUCCAAUGUUCUUGCAUGCUCUUCUCUUAAUUAUUUUUACCUUGAAUUUUCCAUAAAACAAAACAUACUGCAAAUAUUGGGGGAUGUAAAAAAUGCAAUAGUGUUGCAUCUCCAGAUGUGCAGGUGGUGUAGUAGAGCAAGUUAAUCUGAAGAAAGAUAAUUCACACUGAUAAGCUGACUGAAGUUUCUGCUUCAGCAUCAGGCUGGUAGAGACUGAGUACCAGCUUCACUGGAACAAGUUCUCAAAUUAUUUCAGGCCCACUUAAAAUGCAAACAUCUACUCUACCUGAUUAACUCAAAUCUGUUUUUUAAAUUAACAUUUUUAAGAGCUGGCUGAAAGUCAUUGAUACAGGUUAUGCCUGCCUUUUUGUGCUGUGAAAAUAAACUGCAGCACACUGUGCGUGCUGCAUAUGCUACAGUCCUUUCAGGAAUGCCCCUAUUUUAGGCAUUAUGCAUGAUGCAUAAAAACAGUACCUGGGAUUGAUUAGAAGCCUGAAUAAGUGGAACAGUCUUGGUUUUGACAGAAGUUUUCGGCCAUGACUGUGGAUCUGGAUGAUACUUUCUUUAUGCUGGCUGAAAUCUGAGGUGUUUGCUUUGUGGCUGGGGAGGGCAGAGGCCUUUUCUGGGACCCUCCUGGCGCAGUGUCACAAAAUGCUCUUGGGAGCACACUUCCCGUUUGCCUCUUCCCUUGUAUGUCUGCAAGGGCUCAGGGCUGAACAUACAGCUAACAAAUGUGUAUGGAAAAGUGAUCAGCUGAUUUUUUUGUUUUGUUUUGUUUCUUUUGGUUGUUGCUGUUUUUUAAUUUGCAGAAGUUGGAGGGCAAGGCUGCUAUAACUGGAAAGCAUUGUCAUGCUUUGACCUAGUGAAUUAUUUGGUUUACAUCAAUGCAAGAAUUCCAGAAAAAAAAUAAGGUUGCCUUUUUUUUUUUUAGUAAAGCUGGAGCCUCACAAAUAACUUCCUAUGGGUUCUGAUGCACAUAAAUUCUUCAUAUAGCUGGAAAUACUUGUGCCUUCAUUGGAACUGCAUGGAAAAGAAGAUUUAAUUAAUCAUAUCUUAACAAUUCAGUAGAUGUUGGAAGGUAAUGAGGAAACUCCCAGUUAGCAUUUUUGCUUGCUCCAUCAGCAAGAGGAGAAAGUUGUCAGCCUUUCUAAAGGCUUUUAUUUUGUCAAGUCAGAUAUCCUAGAAGUAUUGAUGAAUAUUUUUUUUAAAUGGCCCUGCACUCCAGCAGGUUGUAAUUCUGGCUGGAAGAUGCUUGGACAUGAAUACUGUAUCAAUUUACUGUCUUGAGAAUUUUCAGAGUUGUGAUUUAAAGUUGGCUAUGUACUCAAACUUUUGAAAUGUGUCCUCAUCACUAUCAGCAGGAAUUCCUCUACUGAGUAAUGAACGAAUUAAGUGUUUUAUUAAAAGGAUACCAAACGAAAACCAUAACAGUUUUAAGGGUAACAAUAUCAUAUGUCCAGACAAGCUGGUGAUUUGUUUGUCUAUAUAUGCAGAAACCAGAUCUUUUCAAAGAGAAUCAGGAGUCCUUAUGUGUUCCUAAUUCUAAUUGUUGAUGAAUAGAAAUUGUAUAACAUGAAUAUUUUUGUAAGUCCACAGACAGUCAUUAAACAUGUAGGUAAUAAAGACAAAGCUAGUCUGUGUUUUG